UUCUUUUCUAUAGCUUUUUAUUUGAUGUUUGAUCUUAGUUGUUUUUGGUUAAAUGUAUUUCCUUGUUUCAGACAACAUUAAUAAUCUUUGCUUCUUAAAUCCUUUUACUUGAGCAUAUACAUAAUAUUUAUAUGUCUGUUUAUGUAAUAAUCUUUUUCUUUCCUUUGUAAUACCCUGGAAAAUUGAAAUUGGCAAACAGACCAAUUGAUCUUGACGUUGAAGGUAUGGAGUAGAGGCAUGGUGUUACUUUUAUUCUCUCGUAAAAGUAAUCAUUUUUUGUCUUCAUGUGCUCUAGUUGCAUAUUGCUGCAGGACUAUACAAAAGGCAGUUAGCAAGGGACCAAUUGAACUUGAUUCUGAAUUAACAGAACUGCAAUCUUUACAAAACAGAAAUACUUGGAAAAAGAGAAAGAUCGAUGGACCAAUUGACGUUGAUGCUAAAGAAAGACUUGGAAAAAGAGAAAGAUCGAUGGACCAAUUGACGUUGAUGCUAAAGCUUUACAAAACAGAAAGACUUGGAAAAAGAGAAAGAUCGAUGGACCAAUUGACGUUGAUGCUAAAGCUUUACAAAAUCGCAAGACUUGGAAAAGAAAAGAUCGAUUUACUAAUUGACGUUGAUGCUAAACGUACAUGGAAUCAGUUUACAUCUUAGGUGUUGUUAUUGAAGCUUCUAAUGUUCUUCAUUUAACUUUGUAAAAGCGCAACCAAACAAGACUACUGAAAAUCAAAGCGCAUUUCCUACAUACUGUUCCAUGCAAUAUUUUUCUUGAAGCUCUAAGGUAUAGGUGCCUACCCUUAAUAUAUCUAGAACAAUAAAAUCAAAUGGGCAACAUGCUUUAGGCUGCAGCCAUAUGUGAUAACUGCAUAUACGAGUCUAUCUCCAGCCACUUUCUUCAUGGUUCUUGCUCUGUUAUGGCCAUUUACUAUGUAGCAACCAGUCUAUUCAGGUCAUCUGAUGAUCACAACCAUCAACGAUCCAGGGCUUUCGAGGAGCAGCAGAUGGAGCCGCUUCCAUCACCGUUCAGCGCAGCGAGAUUUU